UGCAGUUGAUUGGGCAUUGAAGUAAUUUGACAUAUCGGCCCAUGCAUUGCUUUUGUCAGUGAUUAUGUGGUGUGGUUUUUGUACACUGCGAAUAGAAAGUUAACGAAACAUUUGUAUUUUGUUUUCUUUCUCAGUUGCUAAGUGUAUUUUGCAUGAUUUGUAUAGUAAAUUGUAAUUUACUGUUAAGUUAAAAUUAGAGAAAUGCACCCUUUGUUACUUCUUCGACGAGAGCUUUUGUAUGUUGUAACUAAUGAAGAAUUGUGUGUGUUUAAUCGUUUUACUAUUCCAGUUAACGCAUUCUCUUAGAAUUCCCAAGAAUUGAGUUCAGAGGUUUAAAAAGUUGCAAAAUCUGGAAGAAUGAAAAUCGGCAAAUCUGGUCGUAUAUGAUUAUUGAAUUAGUUCACUUCCUUGCAGAGUAAAUGUCUACGAAUUAUUGUUAUUGCUGCAAAUUUUUAUUAUAGUGUGUGUUAACUAGCAAAUAAUAUUGCAUAAAAACAGAUUACUUGCUGGAACCUUAGAUAUGUUCCAUUAAAAUGUGUGUUACAGAUCACGGUGCCUGUCAGGUCAAUAACUGUUUUUUUAGAGACAUUACAUGGGUUUUACAGUUCAUUAAAAAGUCCUGUUCAUGGACUUGAUAGUAUUUAACUUGAUCACUGAGUUGCAUGGUGGUGCAGUGGUUGGCACUGUUGCCUCACACCUCUGGGACCUGGGUUCAAGUCUCCCCCUGGGUCACAUGUGUGUGGAGUUUGGAUGUUCUCCCCAUGUCGUCGUGGGGUUUCCUCCGGGUACUCCGGUUUCCCCCCACAGUCCAAAGACAUGCUGAGGCUAGUUGGAGUUGCUAAAUUGCCCGUAGGAGUGCAUGUGUGUGUGAAUGGUGUGUGAGUGUGCCCUGCAUUGGGCUGGCCCCCUAUCCAGGAUUGUUCCCUGCCUCGUGCCCAUUGCUUCCGGGAUAGGCUCCGGACCCCCCGUGACCCAGCAGGAUAAGUGGUUUGGAAAAUGGAUGGAUGGAUGGAUCCCUGAGUUUUGCUGGUGUGUGUGUGUGUGUGUGUGUGUGUGUGUGUGUGUGUGUAUGUAUGGUCCUAAAGAGGUUGUCUUGGUUUUUAAGCUGGGCUAUCUGCUUUGGCUGUUGCACCGUUAAGAAGAAAUCUUAUCAAGACCCUCCAGAUGUUUCUCGCCCUCUUCAAUAUUUGAAACUGUCAUUCAAGGGUCCACAUUCAUUGCUCCUACUGAAGACAUUCUUGUAUGAGCCCCCCUCCGGCAGGCAAAUUUCACUGCAUAUAUUCUAUAUUUACUCUUCAGCAUAAUCUUAAUACUAGAAUACAAAAGUAUCUUUACUGGGUGGCUUUCUUUUAGUAAUUUAUCUUGUAUGUCUUGUAGUUCUUUUUCAGUUUAAUUGGUUGUCCAACUUUACUUACAGCUGAAGCACACAGGGGCUUUGUACUGAAUGCAGAAAUUAGUGGCAGUAUUGGGUGGAGGGUUGACAGGCCUCUCUGCCUGCUAUCACCUUAGCAGAAGUUCCAAGGUGUCCAAGAUAUUGCUCCUGGAAGGUGGAGAUCGAUUUGGGGGCUGGCUGAGCUCAAUUCGAAGAAAUGAUGGUGCAGUCUUUGAGCGUGGCCCCCGAGGCGUGCGACCUGCAGGCCCUUUGGGCCGCAAUACCCUGAACAUGGUAACAGAGUUGGGCUUGGAGAGUGAGGUCCUUCCCAUCACCUCUGAUCAUGUGGCUUCGAAGAAUCGUUUCCUUUACCUGAGGGGACAGCUACACAAAAUGCCCUCUGGUUUAGGGGGGUUGGUGUGGACGGUCCCACCCUUUUCCCGCCCUCUGCUGCAGAGCGCCCUCAAGGAGAUUUUUAUCAGCAGAGGGAAGGAGGAAGAUGAGACCGUCCAUGCAUUUGUUGAGAGGAGACUGGGAACAGAGCUGGCAGACAUCGCCAUAGACAGUCUGUGUCGGGGGGUGUUUGCUGGUGACUGUCACCAGCUGAGCAUGAGGUCUUGCUUCCCCCCGCUUUUCAAUGCAGAGAGGACCAUGGGCUCCAUCUUCUUAGGAAUGGUGCUGGGGGCAGGCGGUGGCCCUGAUGUUCCCACAUCACAGCUGGCUCAGAGAUCAUCUAAGGAAUCUUGGACAUUGUGGUCUCUAAGAAGGGGCAUGCAGACCCUGCCUGAGGCCCUGGUAGAGGCAUUACAGCAAGCAGAGCAUGUUGACAUUCACAGAAAUGCUUCAGUGAAGAGCUUGACUAGAGCUGACUGUGGCUGGGAGAUCCAACUGGAAGAUGGGACUGUGAAAGCUGACCAUAUUAUAUCUGCACUCCCUGCUCAAGCUCUUGCGCCUUUGCUGCCCCCUGCUGCUGGGUUCCUUUCACAGCUACUACUUGAGAUUGCCAUGGUGUCCGUUGUGGUGGUAAACCUGGAGUAUGAGGGCUCCAUCCUGCCUCUCCUGGGCUUUGGCCACCUUGUGCCUUCUUCAGAAGAUAGUGGCCUUCUUGGAGUGGUUUAUGAUUCUGUGCAGUUCCCACAACAUGAUCGGCCUGGCGCAUCCACCACUAGACUUACCGUGAUGAUGGGAGGGGCCUGGUUCCAAGAGGAGUUUGGUGCUCCUGAGGAUCACACAUCGCAGAGACUCCUGAGCCGGGCGACCAAAGCAGUGAACUGCCAUCUGGGGGUGACAGCAGAGCCCCUGUGGAGCUCGGUGGCUGUACACAAGGCCUGCAUUCCACAGUACCAUCUAGGACACUGGAAACGUCUUGAAAGAAUAAGGAAUUACAUCAGUCACCAUGGUCUGCCACUAACUGUGGCAGGGGCUUCCUAUGAUGGUGUCUCAGUCAAUGAUGUCAUCUUCAGUGGAAAGAAGGCAGCAGAGAACCUUGUGGGAAAUAUAUGAACUCUUGACUUGUGUUUUUUAGUUUUUACUGCAAACAGUGGUAUGGUGUGUAUGUAAGUAUGUAUUAUGCCUUUUGUGAUUUUGGGGUUGAUAUUGCCAAUUGGAAGAAAAUUGAUUUGCAUCAAUAAACGGUGUAUUUCAUGUA